AUGCCUACUUCCUGCCACCGGUGGUUCACCUACAUUUUCGACUCGUCCCUCCGCCGUACUUGCGGGUACACUGGCCCAACGCCAUACUGGGACUGGUCGCGCGAUCACGCAGACUUGUUCAGCUCGCCCGUGUUCGAGGACUCUACCGAGUACGGGCUAGGCGGAACGGGUGACUGCGACUCCUCAGAAGCCGACUGUGCCGUCGAAACGGGCGCCUUUUCUAACUUGGAGCUCGCCUGGCCAGUCCCGCACCGACUGAGGAGGAAUCUCACCCUCAUCACCGGCUGGUUUGAACACGAGCUACCUCAAAACCGCACUCUGGGCCCGGAAUUCGUGCGCAACUCGACCGAGCAGACCACUGGCGACUUUUUCAAGUUUCAGCACGCAAUGGCACUGAUGCACAACCACAUACACAACUUCAUUGGCGGCGAUCUGGCGGCAGACUGCCCGAAGGUAUUGCCGGAGGAGGAUUGCCGGGACUUGGCAGUCAGCUUUACGCCCAAUGACCCGCUCUUCUGGCUGCAUCAUGCACAGCUGGACCGGUUGUGGAACAAGUGGCAGCGUCACCACCCAUCCAACUUCGCCGCUUUCUCCGGAAUGCCCCUGAACCCGAAGAACAUGAGUGACCCGCGCUACGAUUUGGACGCGCACGCAGAUCAUCGCAUGCCUUUCGACGUUCAGGGUGUGCCCGUGGCGCCGAGCGGGGUGUUCGACACGGAGGCUUGGCCAUUGUGUUAUCGGUAUUCGGACGAGGAGUAG